AAGAUAACCUAACUCUAAUGAAUAGGCCCAGCGUCUAAUGGUUCUCGGGAGCCUGACGCAGCCCGUGAGAAAGAGCAGGUGUGACCAGAUUUCUGUUGUUGAGAAAUCUACCCCUAAGGCUAUAAGUAGACAUGAGGAGGGUGUUUUCACGUUAUAUUUUGGGCAUCUCGAGAAAACAUGUUGAAGGAAUCGCUGUUCGUCGUUUCUGCUCUCUUCGCUGUUGCGGCAGCUGGCCCACUAGCCAAGAGCGAUGCCAAGGAAGGAGUAAUCUAUGCCAAUCUAUACAAAGACAUUGAUGAACAUGGCGAGAUGCUUCAUGUUACUGGCUACAUUAACUCUCUCGAUCUCUAUGGUUUUAAUGAUGAGGUCGAGUCCACAUGUUUGAAUGGCAUGUGGAUCUAUUACGAACACGAUGACUAUAACGCUGCGUCUGGAAUGGUAUACUGGAUAAUUGGCAUCAAUUACUGUACCACAUUUGACGUACCCGAAAGAAAUAUUUUCUCCUCCAUCAAGUACGUAGGAAACGCUAACGCUCUGAACGCCGAUACCUUCACGCUGUACCAAGGAACGUAUUUCUCCGGGAUGGAAUAUUAUGCUGAGGGAGACAUUCUCGACUUGGGAUCCUUCAGUAACCUCGCUUCCUCUGCCAUUGUGACUGGUUCUUCCCCUUGGACAAUCUAUUCAGGCACAGGCUACACCGGUACCGCCUUGUGCCUGUACCCCGACACCGACUCCAUUUCCGUCAACGACCAGGCCAUCACCGUCGGCGCCCAUGGCCAGCUCUCCUACUACGGUUUCGACAACAACGUCCGCUCCUUCGCCAAGGGCUGCUUCGCCAAGAAUGUUGUGAAGGCCAAACUCACUCCCCAGGGCUCCUCCUCGAACGGCGCCUGGGGCAAGUUUGCUUAAAUGCUCUUCGCCAGCCCCCCUGAGUGGAACUGUAAAGGGAUUUUUGUCCGUUUUAUGUCCGGAAAUGCAUUAUUUUCAUCACGUA